AGGGCUUAAGAUUUCUCGAGUUUGGAAUUAAAAAUAAUAUAAAUUAAAUGUCAUAUCAUCACUUCAAAUCAAUUUUGAAUGGUGGUGUUAUCUCAUAUCUAGUUUAACCAGCAUCAUUUCAAACCUUAGUAAGUUACUACUACUUCUACUACUAUUUAGAGAAUCAUGUCAGGAUUCGCAUCAGUGUUAGCCAAGGCUACUCAACCUUGGACUCCAAGUAGUAUUCCUACUUCAACCGUGUUAUCAUCAAUUGAUCCCACUCAUUUAUCCAACAUUGAAGCCACCAUUAGUUCAUGUUAUGAACAAAUCCAAACUCAAACCAAUUAUAUCUCCUUAGCUUCCAUCUCUCAAGCUUAUCGUGGGGCUCAAGCUUCAUUGGCUAUCAUUCAAGCUCAAGAUGUUAUCGCUACCGCAACAAAUUCUCAAGAAUUAUCAUUAGCAACUCAAACCAUCUUUAAUAAUACUAUCAAUUUACAAGCUUUAGCUCUUGAUGAAAAUUUAUAUGGAUUCUAUUUAAAAAGAGCUCCUAAUUUGAUUUAUCUUGUUAUCUUCUCCAUUUGUUUCUUUUAUACUCUUGCCAUGCUUUAUAAAUCAAGAUAUCAUUGGUAUAACAUUUGUUUCAUUGCUGGUUUAGGAUUAGAAUUCGCUGGGUUUUUAGGAAGAGUAUUAUCAUUUAAUAAUACUACCGAUAUGAAUAUCUUUUUAUUACAAUAUGUUAGUUUAACCAUUGCUCCUGCCUUUUUAAUGGGGGGGAUUUACUUUUUAUUUGCUCAAAUGGUGGUUAUUCAUGGUAGAAAAUAUUCAGUAUUGAAACCAAUGUGGUAUUCAUAUUUAUUCAUUGCUAGUGAUGUAUUAUCUUUAUUGGUUCAAGCUGCCGGUGGAGGUCAAGCAUCUAUUGCAUCCCAACGUCAUCAAAAUACAAAACCAGGUCGUGAUACUAUGAUUGCUGGGAUUGUAUUCCAAGUUGUGGCCAUGACUAUCUUUUUAGGAUUUUGGUUUGAAUUUUUAAACAGAAUUUAUUUCUUAAAAGCAAGACAAAAUCCUGAUGAUGAUAGUUUUACGGUAAAACCAUCAUUUGGUAAUUUUUUAAAAUUUUUAUUCAAUGCUAAAUCAGUUCAAGAUUAUCGUAAUAAUGUCUUGGAUGGAUAUUAUAAUAAGAAAUUCUCUGCUAUAAGACAACGAAAAUUAUUUUAUUAUGCUCCAUUAGCCAUUACAACUUCAGUAGUUGUCAUUUAUAUUCGUUGUGUUUAUAGAGUGGUGGAAUUAUCUGAAGGAUGGAAAGGUUAUUUAAUCAGUCAUGAAGUUUAUCUUAUGGUUUUAGAUGCUCUCAUGAUUGCUAUUACUGGGUUAAUUUUCAUUCCUUUCCAUCCUGUUCAUGUCUUAGGGGUUAAUAAUGUUGUUAAAUUGGCUACUAUUAAGAAAAAUAAAGAUGAAGAUGAUGAAGAUGAAGAAAAACAAGCCAUUAAUGAGGAAGAUGGCGGUGCUUAUGAAGAAGAAGAAGAAGAAGAAGGCAAUUCGCACGAGUUAACCAAACAUGAAUUAGAUGAACAAAAAAAUGAUGAUCUUGAUGUAUAUCAUCAUACCAAAUCUGAUUCUUCAGCAUCACCAAAUUAUUCAUAACUUGUUCAUUAACCUAGAUGUGCUUGAUUUUAAAAUGUGACAUUUUUUUAUUCUAUUCUUUUAUAUAUUAUUAUUACUUUAUACUUUUAUAGCGUGUGGUCUAUAAUAAACUUUUUCAUAGAUUUAAA